AUGAUCCCCGCCGCCAUCGCCGCCGCCGCCGCUUGCGUCGCUUUGCGUUGCAUCGCCGCCUCGAGCGCGUUCGCGACCCCCCCCGCGACGGCGAUCUCCUCCGCCUCGUUCAAACGGUCCACGCGCUUCCUCUCUUUGUCGAGCGCCGCGAAGAACUCGGUCGGGAACGCCGCCCGCGACGACGGCGGCGGCGGCGGCGGCGCGCUCGGAUCGCGCGGCGCCGUCGCCGGCAGCCUCGGGACCACCUCCAUCCCCCCCAACGUCAACGCGUUCGUCCACCCGUCGUACAUCGCGCUCGCGCCGCCUACGCCGCCGCCGCCCUCGUACAUCCGCAGCCGUUGCUCCAGCUCCGCGAUCCUCCGGCCCGCGGCUUCCAACGCCUUGGCGAUGUCGAUCGGCGGCGCGACGCGCGCGAACGCCGCCGCGCGCAACUCGCUCGCCCUCGCCACCCCGAACGCGCACGCGACCGCCUCCGCGCACGACGCCGCGAGCAUCAGCGACGCUUGCGCCGUCGCGGAGGGCUGCGGCGCGUCCCCCGCGCUCGCGAGCCGCGCGGUGUGCUCGCGGAGGUGCCGCACGGCGCGUCGUCGCGACGCGUCGUCGUUCGCCAGAUCCGCGGCGGCGUCGCCGCCGUCGCCUCUUCUCGUCGUCGUCGUCGCCGCCGCCGCGACGCCGCCGCCGCCUCCGCGUCGUUCGCGCGCGCGCGGCGCCGUCGGCGGCGCCGCGGCGCCGCCGUCGCUGCCGCCGUCGCUGCCGCCGCCGGCGACGCGCUUCGGCGAGUCCGCCCCGGACGGGGUGUCGGGGGACAGGCGCCCGGACAUCGCCGCGGCGACGUCCGCCCAUCCCGUCGCCGCCUCGUCGUCGACGACGACGCGGCGCAAAAUGCGCGGGUUGGGCCCGGCGCGCGCGUGCGGGGCGUGCGGGGCGUGCGUGUGA